AUGUCGAGCCUCUUUCGCGCCGCCCUCUUGUCCUCUCGUUCCUCUCUGCUUGCGUCUCUCGCUCCAACAACUCGCUCCACUCUUUCCGCACGCCCCUUGGCCCAGCCACAUCCACCAGGCAUCGUUCGCGCGCUCAGCUGCGCUCGCCAGUCCAACCUCGUCAUGGCAGCAGCACAGCCCGAGUCGUCCUCUUCGGCGGGCGCCAAGAUCUCGCAGCCAGAAUGGCAGAUUCCGCAGAAGCAGGUGCCCGAGCCCGAGCUCAAGAUGUACAAUUCGCUCACGCGCUCCAAGGUGCCCUUCGUCCCCAAAAAGGGCCGCACCGUCACCUGGUACAACUGCGGUCCCACCGUCUACGACGCCAGCCACAUGGGCCACGCACGUAACUACGUCACCCAGGACAUCAUCCGCCGCAUCCUCCGCGACUACCUCGGCUACGACGUCCACUUUGUCAUGAACAUCACCGAUAUCGACGACAAGAUCAUCAUCAAGGCUCGACACUCUCAUCUCGUUCGCCAGUUCCGCGCGCAGCAUCCGCAGCUCACAAAGCCGCUCCUUCAGACCAUCCAGGACGCUUGGUCUGCCUACUUUGCCAAGAAUCUCGAGCGCUUCGCCCCACCCGUGCCUCCACAAGAGCAGCAGGGCGGUCUCGUCGACCAGGCCGAAAAGGCGAGAGCUGGCGAGGCUGGCUUUGAAGAGAUCGCUCGCCUCCGUCAGGAUGCCGCCUGGCUCAAGACGGCCUCCGAAAAGGAGCCCAAGUUCGGCAUGUGGUUCUCAGCUCUCGACCGCUCGCGACAGGCGCAGGUCGCCGCCGCCAUGUCGCUUGCUGCCAGCGACUCAUCCCCCGAGGCUGCAUCAAAUCUCAUCGACGCCUCGGAGGAUGUGCUAGCCGCCUUCCUCGAUAAGCAAUUCGGCAGCACCGUUACCGACCCCGCCGUCUUCCGCGACACCGCCGCCUACUGGGAGACGCAGUUCUUCAACGACAUGAAGCGACUCCACGUCGAGCCACCCACCACGCUCACCCGCGUCAGCGAAUACGUGCCCGAGAUCGUCACGUUCGUGCAGCAGAUCAUCGACCGCGGCUAUGCCUACGCCGAGGGCCUCGACGCUGACAAGAAGAACGUCUGGUUCGACACGCGCGCCUUCGACGGCGCAAAGAGCUCCGACGGCAGCUUCGACCACUCGUACGCAAAGCUGCAGCCUUGGUCCAAGGGCAACCGCGAGCUGCUCGAGGAGGGCGAAGGCUCGCUCUCCACCUCGACCACCGCCACGGCGGGCAAGCGCGCGGCGUCCGACUUUGCGCUCUGGAAGUCGUCCAAGCCGGGCGAGCCGGCGUGGCCGUCGCCGUGGGGUCCGGGCCGUCCCGGAUGGCACAUCGAGUGCUCCGUCAUGGGCUCCGCCGUGCUCGGCGAGACCAUGGACAUCCACUCGGGCGGCGUCGACCUCAUGUUCCCGCACCACGACAACGAGAUCGCACAGUCCGAGGCGCAUCACGGCUGCAGGCAGUGGGUCAACUACUUUCUCCACACCGGCCACCUCCACAUCGAGGGCCUCAAGAUGUCCAAGUCGCUCAAGAACUUCAUCUCGAUCGACGAGGCGCUCGAGCGCUUCACCGCGCGCCAGCUGCGCAUGUCCUUCCUCCUCCAGCCGUGGCACGGCCGCAUGGACUUUAAGCAGUCCGCGCUCGGCGAGGUCAAGAACGCCGAGGCGGCUUUCAACAACUUCUUUGUCGGAAUCAAGGCCAAGGUCGCCGAAGCCAAGGCGCUCGGUGACGGCUAUUCGGACGGACAGCACCACUACGGCGACAAGGAGAAGGCGCUCAUGCAGAGCCUCGAGGACGCGCAGCAUGCCUUCCGCCUCGCCAUGUGCGACUCGUUCGACACGCCUAAGGGCAUGGAGGUGCUGCUGGACCUCGUGAGCAGGGCCAACGUCUACGAGAAGAGCCACGAGAAGCGUGCGGACGUCAACCUCGGCGUGCUUACCGCCGUCGCGCGCUACACGGGCGACAUGCUCAAGAUGCUCGGCCUCGGCGAGGGCGCUGCGCUCUCGGCGGCCAGCGACCUCGGCUGGGGUGUUGCUGACGACUCGGUCGACGGCGCCUCGGCAGUCAACAAGGAGGAGCUGUUGUUGCCGUAUCUGCGUGCGCUUAGCACGUUUCGCGACGCGGUGCGCAAACUCGCGCGCUCCGGUGCACCUGCGUCGGACUACCUCAAGCUCUCGGAUGCACUGCGCGACAACGACCUCGUCGACCUCGGUGUUGCGCUCGAGGAUACCGAGGACGGCAAGGCGCUCGUCAAGCUCGUUCCCGCCGCGCAGCUGCAGGCUGCCAAGCGCGAGAAGGAGGCGGCCGCGGCCGAGAAGGCGGCCAGGAAGGCUCAGGCUGCCGAACAGGCGCGUCUGAAGCGACUCGAGAACCUGGAGAAGGGCAGGACGGCGCCCGAGCAGCUCUUCCGCACCGCCGAGUACAGCGAGUGGGACGAGCGAGGCAUCCCCACCAAGGACAAGGAGGGCGCCGACCUCGCCAAGAAACGCCGCAAGAACCUCGAGAAGGACUGGGACAAGCAGACCAAGCUGCACAAGGACUUCCUCGACGCUCAAGCCAGUGGCGAGAUCCAGUAG